GCCGCUCUUGAGAACUUUAGAAAGACACAAACAUGAGCUGAGCGGCGACGAGGAGAGCGCUGCGCGGCUUCGCGUUGGGAACUUGGAGCGAAGAUGUGCCUUUUAGACCUGGAAUAUGAGAUUUCCAAAACGGAUUACAUUUAGCGGGAUGCUGUGUCACGUCACCAGGUCGAACAAGAGGAUUACUUUAAAUAUUUCCUACACUACAUCAGCACAGAAGCAAGCGCGCCGCUGAGGCGAUACAAAAGUGACGCGAGGCUGAAACUAAAGGGCAGUGGAAUUACGUCCGUUUUUUUGCUGAUUUGGAAACUUUACGUUAUUGGUACCUGCUCUGCUCAGACCUUCUGCCGUCUCACGUGUCCGGUAGGGAAUAUUAACUAUCCUUUUCCCAAAUGAGAUGUAAGUUCGCGCCGUCGGAGUUGAUGGGGAGAAAGAGACAGCCAUCAAACCUCACAGAGAAACUUACGGAGAAAAACAUGCCGUCUUUUCAUCCAUGGAGACAUGGCAUAUAGGUUCCUGUCCAGCCGAAUCGUGCCAUCCUCAAACAGAUUAAGCAGAAGAUUUAUUUUUAUAUUCACUAUCUCUUUGUCUUUCAUGUAUCUAUGCUACAGCAUCCUCUUCUGCUCCGGUACAAUCAUGCCUAACCAGAGAUUGGAGGAGCACCGCUGCGUCCGUCUGAAGAACGCGGGGAGUAAAAAACUUUUACAGAAGUCACAUUAUUGCACUAUAUCGGCGAAAGCGAGAGUUAUCACGGACGAGACGAGGGCUGUGGGUCUCUUAAACCUCACUGGCAACCAAAGCAAACAUUCGGUCUUGCAGAAAACACAAGACGUGCUAGAUCACAAGCAGAGUAAUAACAGUAAUUCGCCAAAAUACGGGAAUAAGAAGUUGCCCAACGCGCUUAUAGUUGGCGUUAAGAAAGGAGGCACCAGGGCUGUGCUGGAGUUCAUCCGGAUUCAUCCAGAUGUUCGAGCUCUUGGGACCGAACCACAUUUCUUUGACAGAAACUACGACAAAGGAUUGGACUGGUACAGGGGUCUUAUGCCGCGGACUCUAGACAGUCAGAUCACCAUGGAGAAAACACCAAGCUACUUUGUGACCCGGGAGGCACCGCGGCGCAUCUCAAACAUGUCUCGUGAAACAAAGCUGAUCGUAGUAGUGAGGAACCCAGUCACGAGGGCGAUCUCCGACUACACACAGACCCUGUCCAAGAAGCCCGACAUCCCUUCUUUUGAGGAACUAGCUUUCAAGAACAGGAGCCAAGGCAUCGUGGACACCUCCUGGAAUGCCAUCCGCAUAGGCAUGUACAUCCUCCACCUGGAGAACUGGCUGCAGUACUUCCGUCUAUCGCAGAUCCAUUUUGUCAGCGGCGAGCGGCUCAUCACGGAUCCGGCCGGAGAGCUGGGCCGCGUGCAGGACUUCCUGGGGCUCAAACGCAUCAUCACGGACAAGCACUUCUACUUCAACCGAACAAAAGGCUUCCCGUGCCUGAAGAAGCCGGAAAGCAGCAGCCAGCCCCGGUGCCUGGGCAAGUCCAAGGGCAGGACUCACGUUCAGAUUGACCAAGAAGUCAUUGAGCAGCUUAGAGAAUUUUAUAGGCCAUUCAAUGUGAAAUUUUAUGAAAUGGUGGGUCAUGACUUCAGAUGGGACUGAGGAGGAGGACCUUGAAGACACCAGCCUCGCUUUUCCUGAUGAUGAACGUGUCUUCAAGGGAUAGUUCACCUGAAAAUGUUAAUUCUACCAUCAUUUACUCAUCCUAAAAUUGUUGCAAACCUGUAUGCCGAUUGUUUUCUGUGAAACAUAAAAUGAGCUAUUUAGAAGAAUAUGCAGUUUGAUCAUUUGGACAACUGUUAUAUGUUUUUGCUGCCUUCUGUAUAUUAUAUACACACUAUACUCAGUUUGGGGUCAAUAAUAAAUACAAAUAGGAUAUCUUAUUUCCCACAAAAAUAUUAAUCAGCACUACUGUUUUUAAUAUUGAUCAUAUGAAAUGUUUCUUGAGGAGCAAAUCAUUAUAUAUGAACCUAGAGCACAAAACCAGUUGAGUAGCACAGGUAUAUUUGUAGCAAUAGCCAACAAUACAUUAUAAGGAUCUAUUUAUGCCAAAAAUCAUUAGGGUAUUAAGUAAAGAUCAUGUUCCAUGAAGCCAUUUCAUAAAUUCCCUUCCGUAAAUAUAUAAAAACUGAAUAUUUGAUCGUAUGCAUUGCUAAGGACUUGAUUUGGACAAUUUAAAGGAUAUUUUUUUCAAUAUUCAGCUUUUUUUUGCAUCCUAACAAUCCAGAUUUUCAAAUAGUUGUAUCUCAGCCAAAUAUCAGCCUAUCCUAACAAACCACAUUCUGUUUCAUAAGACUGUUAUGACGGUUUUGUGGUCCAGGGUCAUGUAUUAGAAUGAUUUCUGAAGGAUAAUGUGACGCUGAAGACUGAAAUAAUAUGACGAAAGUUCAGCUUUUCAUCACAGGAAUGAAUUACAGUACAUCGAAAUAUAUUCAGAUAGAAAAUGCAGAUAACGACAAUUAAUGUUUUACUGUAUUCUUGAUUAAAUACAAGCAGACUUUGUGAGCCUAAGAGACUUUGUGAGCCAUCGCUACUUUUGAACUACAGUGCAUUUCAUACAGGUUUGGAGGGUGAGUAAAUGAUGACAAAUACUUUUUGAGGUUUCUAUCCCUUUGAAUCAGUUUGCAGGAUGAAAGGAAACAGAACACCUCAAACUAAUUAAG